AUGGUCGUCCUCAGCUUAAUAGCUUUGGGAUUUUAUCUUCAGCUUUUUUUCUGCUUUGUUCUAUCUCACACUUCGUUCAUCGACAGCGUCUUCCCCGUUUCCUCAGACCUCCCUUGCUUGGAACAGAAGAAACGAAUUAAUAACAGAGCAUGCUGUCUCCUUGCCCCUCCUCCACCGCCGUUAUUUCCACCACCGUAUUUCAAACAGGGCUGGGAUUCUAAGCUGCUUACCCUUGAUAUGAAAAAUUUAUGUCAAGAGCUUCAGAUAACACAAGCUUCACGUGAACCAGAAUUCGAUUGCCCUUCAGGACCUCCUGGCCCCCAGGGCCCACAAGGAAUUCCUGGUGUGAUGGGACCAAAAGGGGAAAAAGGGGAAAUUGGCAGACCAGGAAGAAAGGGUAGACCAGGUCCUCCAGGUGUCCCCGGAAUGCCAGGACCAAUUGGAUGGCCUGGGCCAAUGGGACCUAAGGGUGAAAAGGGGGAUUUGGGUGUGAUGGGAUUGCAAGGUACAAGAGGACCAAUUGGCUCAAAGGGUUACCCUGGAAGUAGAGGAGAAAAGGGAGCCAGAGGAGAGAGGGGUGACAAAGGCCUCAAAGGAGACAAGGGGUAUAUAGGUUUCCCUGGAAUGCUGGGGCAGAAAGGAGAAAUGGGUCCAAAGGGAGAACCUGGAGUGCCUGGGCACAGAGGACCUAUUGGAAGACCAGGAAAGCGAGGCAAACAAGGACAAAAGGGAGAUAUUGGACCUGCUGGAAUUAUGGGUCCACCUGGCAGGCCUGGUCCUUCGGGUCAACCAGGUGCACCAGGACCUUCAGUAUCAGGACAAUUAGCAAUAGGACCAAAAGGGGAAAGAGGGCUUCCAGGGCCUCCAGGGAGAUGUCUCUGCAAACCCCCACAAAUUGUGAAUAUCCCACCAUAUGAGGAAUCCGUGAUUGGACACAGCUAUCCAAAAGUCCCUGCGAUUUUUGUGGUGAACAAUCAGGAGGAGUUGGACCGGCUGAACACUGAAAAUGCUUUAGCCUUUCGAAGAGAUCAGAGAUCUCUGUAUUUCAAGGAUACCAUUGGAUGGCUUCCAAUCCAGCUUACCCCUUUCUAUCCUGUGGAUUACCCUGUAGAGGAUGGCAGCACCUGUGGAGAUGGCAUCAUCCAGGAUGGGGAAGAAUGUGAUGAUGGCAAUACUAUUGUGACAGAUGACUGUAUAAGAUGCCACCAUGCUUACUGUGGAGAUGGCUACCGACAUGAGGGAGUAGAAGAUUGUGAUGGAAAAGAUUUUGGAUAUUUGACAUGUAAAACAUAUCUCCCUGGGUCUUAUGGAAAAUUACGGUGUACUUCUUAUUGUUAUAUUGACUCUACACAGUGUCGGUAUUUCACAUGA